AUGUCUUCUUCUUCUUCUUCCUCUUCUGAAGAUGAAGAUGAGAUACUUAUCGAAAAAAACUUGGAAUCUCCGGUGAAACCAAAAUCUGAAAAAUGUAUGGAGGAUUUACUGGAACUUCGUUGGUAUUGUUUGAGAGUUUUAUGGAUGGCUGAAGUUGCUGCAUUUACGGCGUUGGCUUCGGUUACUUUUAUGGUUUUUGCAGGUUGGUUGGGAAUCAAGUGAAAGGGUUUUAGGAACUCAUAAUUUUCCUAUUUUUUUUUUGAAUUUUUUAGAUUCAGUUAUGUCUAUAGAUCAACAAAAAUUUGAUGUUUUUCAUUUAUAAAAAAAGUUUUAGCACUUGAAAGCAAAACUUCUGAAUGAAAUUUUUCUCAGGUUCUCCAAAAAACAUCGCUAAGCCUGACAAAAUUAAUUAGUAAAAUUUAAAAUGACCCAGUCUUCGAUUCUCCAAAUUUUUUAAAUUCCAAUCUAUUUUUUUCUUUAGGAGCCAAUCCAAGUAUCGUUGGAUGUGACAAUUACAAAGUGAACAAUUGUCUAGAUCUCAAAUCUUUGCAAAACAGAACUGGAUGUGUGCCAAAAAUCAAUUAUCAAUUCAAAUCCACCCAAGUUGAAUUCAAUUAUCUUUGUGAAGAAGCGAAAAAAGUGAAAAACACAAUAACAGUUCAAACAUUUGGAGUUUUAAUCGGAGCCGCUGUUUUUGGCCAAAUUUCUGAUAAUAUUGGAAGACGAAAAGCUUUACUCAUCUCAACUUUCGGAAAUGCAGUGUUCAACGUGAUUGCUGGAUUUUCUCCAGAUUUGUUGAUUUUUAUGAUUCUUCGAACAGUUUGUGGGAUCUUUGCGGGUGGAAUGACUGUGUAAGUUUAUUUUCAAAAUUUAGUUGGAUCUCUUCUUUAGGAGCAUCUUUUGAAAACUUUUUAAAAAAAGUUGAUUCAAGUGUUCAAAUCGUGUUCAUGGUGGAAAAUAUUCCAAGAAAACAUCGUAUGUGGAUUCAAAAUUCAAUAACCUGGUCGCCAAAUCUUAUAAUUUAUCCAUUCGUUGCUUAUCUUGCUCAAGAUUGGCGAAAUUUAUCCAUUAUUGUUGGAUUCACAUCAUUUGUCACAUUUUUGGCAGUACUGUAGGUUUCCAAAGAAGUUCAGAGUUCCUACAAAAAAAAUAACAUUUUAGAAUACUUCAUGAAUCGCCUCGUUGGUUGGUACAAAAAGGAAAAAUUGAAGAAGCUCGAAGAGUUUUGGUGAAAAUUCGAAAAACCGAUAAGAUUUAUAAUGAUGAGUUUGAGGAUGAAGUUGAUGCGAUUUUAGAAUUGGAAAAUGAAAAAAUGGCCAAGACAACAAAAAAGAUCGAAAAAGUAUACUUUUAUUCAUUUGUUCUGCACUUGGAAAAUGUUGGCACAAACUUUGACUUUUGUCACGGGAAUGUGAGUUUGGAAAUUUUUCUUAAACAUUGAAGACUACCUAGAACACAGGGUUUUUGAAUCGGGAAAUUUUUUCAAUUCUCAAACUUUUGAAACUACCCAGGUUUGCUUUGAGUUUUGGUUAGAUUUCUCAAAUCUGAACUCAGAAUCAGUUUUAGAUAGAUUCGGAAGUUUUUUCAAGAAAUCCCUAUUAUUUCUGAUAAUUGCCACGCCAUAAAUAAAACUCUAUAUAAAAAAUUUCAUCGCCGCCAGAAAUAUGAAAUGAAUAGUUUCCAAAAAAAUCACUUCGAGCAAAAAUCAAAAAUCUAAAUGUUUUCUCAAAUUCAGAGUGUGCACAACAACAAUCGUCUAUGCUCUAAUGUAUAAUAUGGAAAAACUAUCGGGUUCAUUAUUUUGGAAUAGUGCUUGGAUUGGUGCAUCUCGAUGGGUUGUCAAUAUUGUCGUCUCAAUUUUAGACUACAAAUUCACAUGGUUCGGUAGAAAAAUUGUGAAUCAACUCUCAAUGUUUUUCACAAUUCUUGCACUCGGAGUAAUGACCUCAUAUAGUUAUUAUGGAGAGAAGGGCACAAUUUUGACGGUUGGCACAUUUAUUGCCGCAUCGAUGUGUUCACAGGUUUGAAGAUAUAUUUUUUAAAAAGUUGUAUAAAAAAUUAUUUUUCAGCUUUUUAUUGUCAAAUAUCUAAUGGUCAACGAGCUUUAUCCCACCGCAGUUCGAAAUUUAGCAGUAUCCGCAGUUUCGACAAUGUCUAGAAUUGGAAGUAUGUUCUCACCUCAACUAUUCUAUUUGGCUGAUUAUGCUGAUUGGAUUCCAUAUGCUGUUCUUUUUGGUCUCCAGAUCUAUGAUCUUGUUGUUUUCUCGAUUUUCAUUCCUGAAACCAAAGGAGUUCAUCUCGAAAAUCAUUUACCCCCAAAAAAUCAACGGAUAUUUCGAGGAAAGAGUCGACAACAAAGUAGUAGUCAUCAAUAA